AUGAAAACCAUUUUUGUUUUGGUAUUAGUGAUUGCUCUUGCAACCAGUUUGAAAUCCACUUUCAGACAAACACCCUAAAAAUUGUAAGCAGAAUUACAAAAAUCAAAUUAUGGAAAGGCUCUCUUGCAUUUGCUUGAAUUACAUUCAAUGGCUGGAGGAGCUGUAAGUGAGUUGAUUGAUGCCAUUGAGUAAUUGGAUGACGAUUUGAUUGAUGGACUCCAAUUAUUGGAAUUCAAUUUCCAACAAAGAACAAAUCAACACAAUGCUUUGGUCGUCUAAUUGAAUUAACAAAUGAAUGAUGCCCAAAUUGAUAUCAGCAGAUCAGAAGAUGUCAUCGAAAAUCUCUUGAUCCCAAGAAGAGAGUAAUUGGAAAACAGAAUCGCAAAUCUCGAGGAAAACCAAGAAAUAAACAGAAAAAAUUACGACGAAGAGGUCUUGAUCAGAGAACAGGAACACGAAGCAUUCGAGGCUCAGAUCGCUGAAUUAACUGAUGCAACAGCUGCAGUUGACGAUGCCCUUGCUCUCUUACAAACUUUGAGCAAUCCCUCAUUGGCUUAAGUCAAGAAAUUCUAAAACUCACUCAAGAAAAUCGAACAAAGUAUCAAACCAAGAUCAAAAAUGGCUCCCUUUUUGAAGGCUCUUCUUACAUUGGCAUCCAAUCAAAACUUCUCAGAUCAAGGAAUCAUUUCUUAAAUCGUUGAUGCUUUGAAUGAAUUCAGAAAUGCCAUCGUCGAUAGCAUCAAUGACCAAACACUCGCCGAAGCCAAUGCAGUUGAAGAAUAUGAAGAGAGACUUGCCUAAUUAGAUCACGAACAUAUUGAAUUCCAAAGAUAAAUCAAUGCUGUCAAUGUUGAUUUGACUGCCACCAACAACAAGAUUGAUGAUGUCACUGAGUUCCUUAACCAAAGAGUCGCUGAUUUGAAACAAUUCUCAGCUGAAUUACAAUUGGAAAACGAUAACUAUGCUGAUGAAACUCAAAUCUACAACGACACCAAGAACGAGUUCACUAGAGAACAAUAAAUCACUGAAUAAGCUUUGGCUUUGGUCCAAUCAGUCGAUUUCAGCCAUAUUCAAGUUUGAGUAUUAAUAAUAAUCGACCCACAUAAAAAUUAAACAUUUAAUUU